GGUGGCGGUCUCCUUGGUAACGGGGCCUAGUCCGGCUCGGUGCAGCCUCGGGGACCAUGGCCAUCCUGACGCCGCUGCUCGCUUUCCUCUACCAACUGCCCCGCUUCUACCGCUGGCUGCUGCGGCCUUACUAUGUGGCGUCCGCCGCUCUCAGCGUGGCCUUCCUGGCCGCCCGCAAACUGCCGCCUCUGUGCCGCGGCCUGCCCAGUGACCGGGAGGACGGCAACCCGUGUGACUUCGACCUGAGAGUUGUGCUUUGUUACCGACAUGUUUUCUCUUUUUGUUGUUGUCUCGAUGCAGUCACAGUGGAACAACAUGUGGGAAAUGUGUUCAUGUUCAGCAAGGUGGCCAACCUCAUCCUGUUCUUUCGUCUUGACAUCCGAAUGGGGCUGCUGUACCUCACCCUGUGCGUAGUCUUCCUGAUGACCUGUAAGCCACCUCUCUACAUGGGGCCGGAGUACAUCACCUAUUUCAACGAUAAGACCAUCGAUGAGGAGCUGCAGAGAGACAACCGGGUGAUCUGGCUGGUCGAAUUCUUUGCCAACUGGUCGCCAGAAUGUCAGUCGUUCGCUCCUGUCUACGCAGACCUCUCCCUCAAGUAUACGUGCGCUGGGUUGAAGUUUGGCAAGGCUGAUGUUGGUCGCUAUGCAGACAUCUCGGAAACGUAUAAAGUCAGUACAUCACCACUGAGCAAACAGUUGCCCACACUCAUCCUGUUCCAGGGAGGCAAAGAGGUGAUGAGGCGGCCCCUUAUCGACAAGAAAGGCCGAGCUGUGUCCUGGACCUUCUCUGAGGAGAACCUGAUCCAGGAGUUUAACUUGAAUGAGCUGUACCAACGCGGGAAGAAGGCCAGCAAGGGGAAGGAGAAUGCUGUCCCAGAGGAAGGUGGAGAAGAGGUGGUGCUAUGGAGCGGAAUUAAGAAAGGCCCACCGCGUCGACUGAAGUUUCCAGAAACACGAGUAAUGUUGGAAAUCAUGAGGAAAUCCGUGCAGUAACUUGGGAGAAAGGUGCCCGCUGUGGGUAAUCGGAACAGUCACCGUUCUGUGGUGGUGCAGUUUUAAUGACGGAGGAGCGAGCAACAAGCCUUGAAAGCUCCCUCGCUUCGCCCGAAGCCUUGAUGUGGAAGAAACUGCGCCAGAGAGAUGACAGAAAUGGUGACCCUAGGCCCAUCUCACUUGAAAUUCUUUGCACCCUCCCCUCACCACCAAGACCGACCCAGAGGGAGAAACUGAGUUCUGUGGUAGGCUGCUUUCCUUCGCUGCUCCCUUCAUUGAUUUGGGCUCGAGGAACUUCUGCCUUGGGGCGACUGACUUCCUUUGAUCACAGUGUCCUGUGUCUGCCUGGACAGAUUGUUUGAGGAAGUGACAGACUUUUCCACGGAUCUCCCCAUCCAGGGUCUUGCUUUUCACUUGUGACUCUGUUUUUAUAACUUGCUGUCAGCAUUAUUCCACCAAUAAACUCUUCCAAAAAAAUUCA